AUGCAGAACACCCAGCAAUGUGCCAAACUGGGCAAACAACUCACUUAUUUUGAUUUUGACUGUUCUAGUGACCAGGUUCUCCGAGUGGAGCCGUGCAGUGACAAACAAAUUCAUUUGCUGAAAGAAUUGGAAGGCCUUAAUCCUCUCCAGCUAAAUUUCUGGCGGUUUCCUUUGCAUCCUGAUGAACCUGUGGACACCCAGGUGCCCUUUGCAUGUCUCCAAGCUGUCAAAGUCUUCCUGGAGUCACACCAGAUUAAGUAUUCAGUCCUGAUAGAAGAUGUGCAGGCCUUACUGGAUGAAGAAUCUCGAGAGAUGCACCUUAAUCGACAACGGGAAUAUGGCAGCAAGAAUUUCAACUAUGGCGCUUACCAUACCUUGGAAUCAAUUUACCAAGCUAUGGAUGACAUUGUGGCUGAGCACCCCCAGAUCGUGAGCAAACUCCAGAUUGGGGAGACUUAUGAAAAACGACCUCUCUUUGUCCUCAAGUUCAGCACUGGGGGAGAGAGGCGCCGUGCCAUCUGGAUUGAUGCCGGGAUCCACGCUCGAGAAUGGGUGACGCAGGCAACUGCUCUCUGGACGGCAAAAAAGAUUGCCUCUGACUUUGGGAAGGAGCCGUCGCUAACAUCCCUCUUAAACACCGUGGAUAUUUUUCUGCUGGUAGUUGCAAACCCUGACGGAUAUGUCUUCUCUCACACCAAAAACCGUAUGUGGAGAAAAACCCGCUCCAGGAUUCCUGGCAGCAGAUGCGUCGGAGUUGAUCCCAACCGAAACUGGGAUGCUGGCUUUGGGGGACCUGGGGCCAGCAACGACCCCUGCUCUGACUCUUACCACGGACCCAGCGCCAACUCGGAAGUCGAAGUCCGCUCGGUUGUGGAUUUUGUCAAGAGGCACGGGAAUAUCAAGGCAUUUAUCAGCAUCCACAGCUACUCCCAGCUCCUGAUGUACCCCUUUGGCUAUAAAUGCGACAAAGCUCAAGACGCAGAAGAACUGGAUAUGGUGGGAAAAGCAGCUGCCAACGCCUUGACUUCGCUGUACGGCACUCGCUACAAAGUGGGAUCCAUCUGCUCUGUCAUUUACCAAGCCAGCGGUGGAAGUAUUGACUGGACUUACAAUUAUGGGAUCAAAUACUCGUUUGCCUUCGAACUGAGAGACACAGGGCGCCACGGGUUCCUCUUGCCUGCCAAACAGAUCAUUCCCACAGCUCAGGAGACAUGGCUGGGGCUGAAAACCAUCAUGGAGCACGUGCGGGAUCACCCGUAUUGAGAAGAGGAGGAGCAGGGAGAAGAUGGGAUUGUGGCAUUGUAUUCUUACGCUAGC